AUGUCAAGUCCUUCUCCACAUCCUCCAUCACCGAUGCCCCCUCCGCAAGCUCCUUCACCCAUGGUCGUUCAGCAGCAACAGCAACCGCCGCAACAACCUCCUAUCCCUACAACUCGCGUUCCUUCACCUUUGGGAUCUCCUCAACAUCACCCUCAGAAUCCUAUUUCUUCAUUGCCCGGCAAUUCAGUGCCUUGUACUACUAACGCAAUACCACCCAUAAAUACUUCAAAUAAUCAAUUCAGUGCAGUAAACUCUCAGCUUAAUGGAUCACCAGGACCCAUGUCAAUUGGACAAAAUCCUCCUAUAUCAGAUUGCCCCCCACAUCAGCACCCCGCUCCUACUGUUUCUCAGCCUUCAGUUCAGGGUAACAGUAGCGGUAACACUACUUUAGCUGGAGCAUUAUCUGGCCCCACAAAUGCUCCUCAACCAGGAAUUCCAGUUCAUCAAAAUGUUCCACCGCAACAAGCCAUGGUCAAAUGUCAGUUGACACCUAAUCAAUUAAUGCAGUUAAGAGGUCAAAUAAUGGCUUACAGAAUGCUUGCUAGAAACCAACCUUUGAGUCAGCAAAUUGCAUUGGCUGUGCAGGGAAAAACUCCUUUAAGUAGCCAACAGAGUUCUAGUGGUCCAGGUUUUCCUAUUAAUCAUCAGCCGAUUCUUCCGUCUGGCUCAGUACCUGGAGUUCGCCCACUUGGACCACAAGAUAUAACUCUAGCUCCAUCUAAUGCCGCUUUAGCUCCAAAUGUUGUUCGAUUAGGUGCCACUCCUCCGCCACCUCCUAUUCAACAACCACCUCAACCACCACCUGGAAAACCUACUAAAGUAACUACAAUGCCUAAACCUGUUGGUAUUGAUCCCUUACUUAUUUUGCAAGAAAGAGAAAACAGAAUGGCGGCGAGAAUAGCCAUGAGAAUUGAAGUGUUAAGCAAUUUGCCGACAACCAUGGCAGAAGAUGUUAGAAUUCGAGCCGAAAUAGAACUUCGUACUUUGCGACUACUCAAUUUUCAGAGACAAUUAAAAAGUGAAGUAAUUGCUUACACUCGACGCGAUUCUACAUUGGAAACUGCACUUAACGUAAAAGCAUAUAAAAGAACAAAACGUCAAGGGCUGCGUGAAGCAAGAGCCACAGAAAAAUUAGAAAAGCAACAGAAGUUUGAAGCUGAACGCAAACGACGACAAAAACAUCAAGAAUACUUGGCAGCUGUACUUCAACAUUCAAAAGAUUUUAAAGAAUAUCAUCGCAACAAUUUGGCUAAAACUGCCAGAUUAAACAAAGCCGUUUUAAGUUAUCAUGCAAAUGCAGAAAAAGAACAGAAAAAAGAACAAGAAAGAAUUGAAAAAGAACGUAUGAGAAGACUUAUGGCAGAAGAUGAGGAAGGAUACAGAAAAUUGAUUGAUCAGAAAAAAGAUAAACGUCUUGCUUUUCUUUUGUCACAAACUGAUGAGUAUAUUAGUAACCUCACAGAAAUGGUCAAACAGCAUAAAGCUGAUCAAAAACGAAAACAACAGGAAGAAAUUCAGAAAAAGCCGAGAAAAAAGAAGAGAAGAGACGGAGAAGGUAUGGACGUUGACGAAUCAUCUCAAAAUUCUGAUUUACAUGUUUCUGUCGUAGAAACCUCCACUGGCAAAACACUGACCGGGGAUGAAGCUCCUUUAGCCAGUGAAGUUGAUUCGUGGUUGGAAAGCCAUCCUGGUUGGGAAAUUCUGGAUGAUGAUUCCGAAGGUGAAUAUGAUGAUAACGAAGACGAGGAUAAGGACGCCGCCGAACCUAAACAAAACACUAGCAAGCAAAAUGAUGAUCCUGAUGCGAAAUCGGUUAUUAAAAAAGCCAAAGUUGAAGAUGAUGAAUACAAAACGGACGAGCAAACUUAUUACAGUAUUGCUCAUACCAUCAACGAAGUUGUCGUGGAACAAGCUUCGAUAAUGGUUAAUGGAAAACUCAAAGAGUAUCAAAUAAAGGGAUUGGAAUGGUUGGUGUCUUUGUUUAACAAUAAUUUGAAUGGAAUAUUAGCCGACGAAAUGGGUUUGGGAAAAACAAUUCAAACGAUUGGUUUAAUUACUUAUCUCAUGGAAAAGAAAAAAGUUAUGGGACCAUUUUUAAUUAUCGUUCCACUGUCUACUUUGUCUAAUUGGGUUCUGGAAUUUGAAAAAUGGGCUCCUUCUGUAGUAGUCGUUGCUUACAAGGGAAGUCCUCAUUUGAGACGAUCCAUUCAAAAUCAAAUGCGUUCGAAAAAAUUCAACGUUUUGUUGACUACAUAUGAGUACAUAAUUAAAGACAAAGGAGUUUUGGCAAAGCUCCAUUGGAGAUUCAUGAUCAUCGACGAAGGGCACAGAAUGAAAAAUCAUCAUUGUAAAUUGACUCAAGUACUCAACACUCAUUACAUAGCCCCUCACAGAUUGUUACUAACGGGUACUCCUCUUCAAAACAAACUCCCGGAAUUAUGGGCUUUAUUGAACUUUUUACUUCCCUCCAUUUUCAAAUCCGUGAGCACUUUUGAACAAUGGUUUAACGCUCCAUUUGCAACGACCGGAGAAAAGGUCGAGUUGAACGAAGAAGAAACAAUUUUAAUUAUUCGACGUCUGCAUAAAGUUUUACGUCCAUUCUUACUGAGACGUUUGAAAAAAGAAGUCGAAUCUCAAUUGCCUGAUAAAGUGGAAUACAUAAUUAAAUGCGACAUGUCUGGACUUCAAAGAGUUUUAUACAGGCACAUGCAAAGCAAAGGAGUGCUUUUGACGGAUGGAUCCGAAAAAGGAGCCAAAGGAAAAGGAGGAGCAAAAGCGUUGAUGAACACGAUUGUUCAGUUGAGAAAACUGUGCAAUCAUCCUUUUCUAUUUCAACAAAUCGAAGAAAAAUAUUGUGAUCACGUGGGUGCGGCUUCGGGUGUUGUUUCGGGGCCGGAUUUGUAUCGUGCUUCGGGAAAAUUUGAACUUUUGGAUAGGAUUUUACCCAAGUUGAAAGCGACCAAUCACAGAGUGUUACUCUUUUGUCAAAUGACACAGUUGAUGACAAUUAUGGAAGAUUAUCUAACUUGGAGAAAUUUCAGUUAUCUUCGGUUGGACGGUGCGACAAAAUCCGAAGACAGAGGUGAACUCCUUCGGAGAUUCAACAGCAAGGAUUCGGAAUACUUUUUAUUUUUAUUAAGUACUCGAGCGGGAGGUCUCGGACUCAAUCUUCAAGCUGCAGACACUGUGAUAAUAUUCGAUUCGGACUGGAAUCCUCAUCAAGACUUGCAAGCACAAGAUCGUGCUCAUCGUAUCGGUCAACAAAACGAAGUGAGAGUUCUUCGUUUGCUAACUGUUAAUUCCGUGGAAGAAAGAAUUUUAGCCGCGGCGCGGUACAAGUUAAACAUGGAUGAAAAAGUCAUUCAAGCAGGAAUGUUCGAUCAGAAAUCUACGGGAAGCGAAAGACAGCAAUUUUUGCAAAGCAUAUUACAUCAAGAUGAUGCCGACGAUGAAGAAGAGAACGAAGUACCCGACGACGAAACUGUCAAUCAAAUGAUUGCUAGAAACGAAACGGAAUUUGAUUUGUUUCAAAAAAUGGAUCUUGAAAGACGUCGAGAAGAUGCCAAAUUGGGAACCGCUAGAAAAAGCAGGUUGAUUGAAGAAUCAGAGUUGCCGGAAUGGCUCGUUAAAGAAGAUGAAGAGGUUGACGUUUUAGCUUACGAAGACGAAGAAGAAAAGUUUUUGGAAAGAGGUACGAGAAAAAGAAAGGAGGUUGAUUACACGGACAGUUUAACGGAAAAGGAAUGGUUAAAGGCAAUAGAUGAAGAAGGAGCGUUCGAUGACGAUGAAGAAGACGAAGAAGAAGAGAAAAAGUCGAGGAGAAAAAAGGGAAAAAGAAAGCGAAGAGGAGAAGAUGACGACGACGACGCGAUACCCUCGACGUCAAAGAAAAAGAAAACAAAUUCAAAUCAAAACGCGGAAUCCAAAUUGAAAAAACACAUGAAAAAUUUAUUAAACAUCGUUGUGAAGUACACGGACAGUGAUGGUCGAGUAUUGAGCGAACCAUUCAUGAAGCUACCAUCUAAGAAUAAACUUCCCGAUUAUUAUGAUAUAAUAAAAAAACCGUUGGAUAUAAAGAAAAUAUUUGCGAGAAUAGAUGAAGGAAAGUAUUCGGAUUUUGACGAUUUGGAAAGGGAUUUCACUCAGAUGUGUAAAAAUGCGCAAAUAUAUAACGAGGAAGCAUCGCUCAUACACGAAGAUUCCAUCGUUUUGCAAUCGGUAUUUACAAAUGCGAGACAAAGAAUGGAACAAAAUGGAGAUAGCGAAGACGAGAAAAGCGUGAAAUCGACUCCGAAACACGAGGGAAGAGGAAGUAGCAGAAGGCGGAAAAAUCAACCCAAAUACACCAACAGCGAUGAUGACGAAGAUGAUUGA